CUUCUUCCUUGAGUGCACAACGUUAUGGAGACUCCUCUCGAGAAGGCCCUGACCACCAUGGUCACCACGUUCCAUAAAUAUUCAGGGAGAGAGGGGAGCAAGCUGACACUGAGCAGGAAAGAACUGAAGGAGUUGAUCAAGACAGAACUGAGUCUUGCAGAGAAGAUGGAGGAGAGCAGCAUUGAUAACCUGAUGAAGAGCCUGGACAAGAACAGCGACCAGGAGAUUGACUUCAAGGAGUACUCUGUGUUCCUGACCACACUGUGCAUGGCCUACAAUGACUUCUUCCUAGAGGACAAGUGACCAGGGGCCUCUCUCACCUCAUUGGAAGUUCUUUGUCCUGUCCUCUGAAGCCUCUUUAAGGGCGCCUCUUAUGCCCCUGGUCUUUCUCUUUCUCACAGAUGGAUUCUUCCAGUAGAGAAAUAAAGUCUUUUCCUUUCCA